AUGUGGUGGCCAUUAGGCAAAAAGUACCCAGAAUGCCACCCGGCACAGGUUAAUUCCAAAACAUAUGAUUUUGUCAUAGUUGGAGGUGGCACCGCGGGGUGUACACUAGCUUCUCGAUUGAGCGAAAAUCCCGAAACGUCCGUUCUUGUCCUCGAAUGCGGUUCUGCAAAUGACACAUGGCUAUCCCGCAAUCCUCUAAUCUCUUCCGAUCCGACUCGUCCAACCUUUGGUGCUACGAGGUGGAAAUCCGAACCCAUGAAAUACUGUGAUGAUCGUCGGAGUGGAGUAAUCCGCGGAGAAGUUCUGGGCGGCACUUCCAGAAUUAAUAGUAUGAUUUAUACGCGCGGGACUCCUGCCGACUACGAUGCAUGGGCAUCUUUAGGCCAUUCUGAGUGGAGCUAUGAGAAAUUGCUGCCUUACUUUGUUAACAGCGAGACCUCCCUUGACUAUCAGGAUUCAAAUUAUCAUGGAAACACAGGGCCAUGGAUCACACAAACCUUCACUUACUUCAACUGGCUAUUCCAAGCCUACCGAGCUUUCACUGAUUGUGCCAAAGCGAUGGGGUUCAUUGCCGUCCCAGAUUGCAAUGCGCCGGAUGCUCCCCCGGAAGGAGUCGCAACACUCUCUCUUACUCUUAGUAAGCGCAGGGAGCGUGUAUCCAGUUUUGAAGCGUUUCUUCCCAAGAAGAUUGCACUGGAAAGAAGAAACCUCACGAUUUGCACCAACACUCUCGUCUCUAAUAUUGUAUUUACGCAAGAAAAGGGGCUCCCGCGUACUGAAAAGAUACUCUUUAAAUCAUCAGAUCGAAAAUCUGAAGGCACUUAUUCAGUAAGGGUCAACAAAGAAGUCAUUGUGUGCUCGGGUGCUAUAGGCUCACCGCAAGUGCUUAUGCUCAGUGGUAUUGGGCCUCGUGAGAGUUUAGAGGAACACGGUAUCAAAGUGGUGCAUGACCUGCCGGGGGUCGGGUCUACAUUGACUGACCACCAUAGUAUCCCAGUCGCUUGGGAGGUACCGGCAGCCGAAUCAUUAACUUCUAUGGCAACUAGCCCCCUUAAAAUCGCACUUGAGCUUUUCCAAUAUAUUUUCUUCCAAGUUGGCCUCUUCAGCAUUCCCGUUCAGACCUUAGCGCUUUAUGUUCGCUCUCGAAUGAUCAAAGAGGAUAGUACUGGACUUGUCAAAGAAGCUUCGUCGAAAUCUUCUGAUCUUCAAAGCCUCAUCCCCGACAUUGAGCUCAUGCCACUUUCCACAAGUGGUAUGGAUAACUUUGACGAGCCGGAAUUCAUAAACAUAUUCUCUAAAACACCCAUAUUUUGUGUUCUGGCCACGAUUCUUCAGCCCAAAUCCAAUGGAACGGUCCGCUUGGCAUCGUCAAAUCCACACGACAAGCCGAAAGUUGAUUUUGGAAUCCUGUCCGAUCCCUCGGAUUACAACAUUGCUCGCAGCGCAGUUCGACUCACACUUUCCAUCGCAGAUAGAAUGAAAGAGUCUGGGUUCCCUCUUCUUCGAAAUAUUACCUUUCCUGCCGAAAAACAAGAACUUGAUGUUAAGAGCAAUACUACAGAGGAGAUGGAUAAAUUCAUCCGUCGCCGAAUAAGAACAACAUUUCACUAUGCAUCUACAUGUAGAAUGGCACCCGAGCAUGAUCCUAAAGCUCCAGGAGUGGUAGAUGGCGAAUUGAAAGUCUAUGGUGUGAAAGGCUUAAGAGUUUGCGAUACGAGUAUUUUUCCACAAAUUGUAUCGGGACACUUGCAAGCACCUGCUGUCAUGGUGGCAGAGAAAUGUGCGGAUUUGAUUAAGAAUGAGCUAUAA